AUGACGAAAGGAGUCAGACAAGGUGACACUCUUUCUCCAGUUAUGUUCACAGAUGAUGCGGAGGAAAUCUUUAUAAGGAUGAACACUGAAGAAGCAGGAAUCAGGAUCAACGGAAAGAAAAAGAAUUAUCCUAGAUUCGUUGAAGACAUCAUCAUAUUUUGCGAAAGUGAAGAACAACUGAAGAAUUUGCUGGACACCCUGAAAUCCGAUGGUAAGAAAGACGGGAGGAAGCUAAAUAAGAAGACCAAGUUCACGUGCAAGGACAUAGCAAGAACAAAACAAAUAAGAGGCAUAGAGAUUGGUGGAGAAAAACUGGGAGAAGUGGAAGAAUACACGUACCUGGGACGACUACUCACUCCUGACAAUAAAACGAGCUAG